AGAGAACGGAAAUCAAUACUUCGGGGCAUUUGCACUGCUGAGCCUAGUCAACUUGAUGACGAUAUUGCGGAGGCUGUCUCUCUUUUUGGGAGUCAAGAAGAAAAAGAAGAAAAAGGUGCAAAAGACGAGGACAGGAGUCAAGUAGUGGAUGUAAGACAAGUCGCACUAGAAACUGCUCGAGGAACAGUAAAAAGAAAAGCAUCAGGAAACGAUUUGUUAAGAGCCAAGAAAACAGCUAUGGUAGAGAUUUUAAGAAAUAAAACGAAUCAUGUAAUUGAGUAUAGAAAGAAAGAGAUGGAACAUAAACUAUAA